AUGAUGUGCACACAAUCCCUGAACGACCAUGAAGUUGGUGAGAAGGAUGAGGUAGUAGAUGGUCAUGGCAGAGGGAGAGUGAAUGACCAAGCUGCUUGUGGUAUUUGCCCCCUAAACCAAGAACUCAAGCUCUCUGUCUCUGGAAGAACAGAAUUGUUCAAGUUCAUUAAAGAACUCGACCCCGAACUUAUACCCCACGAAAAUCUGGUUCGCCUCAACCUGGUUGCGAGCUUGAGUCAUUACAUUAGUGACCAAGCUGCUUGUAGUAGUGAUACCGAUGGCGGCGAUGCGGCGGGCACUUCGUUUGCAACGACGGCUAAGGGCGUGCUUCCCUGCAAUCUUCUUCGAUAUCUUCCUAGGACCAUCGAAAACUGUAGAUCAUUGGAAGAGUUGAAUGCAAACUUCAACCAGUUAACAAAACUGCCAGACACAAUUAGAUUUGAACUUCUCAACCUCAAAAAGCUUUCUGUAAACUCAAACAAGCUUGUGUUCCUCCCUUCCUCCACCUCCCACCUAACCAAUCUUCGAGAUCAACCAUAUCAUAAACAUACCCCAGAUCUUAUUUUCUCGGCAGAUGACCCAGCAACCACCUCAACCUUAACCAAGCAGUCCUUCAAUGUCAUCUCCCCAAAACUGGCUUUCGAGGUUUCCCGGGUUUAG